AUGAAGGAUAUUUAUAAGGACGAAGAGCUUGAUAUACCUGAAGAGGUAGAAGAAAUUAGUGUAAAAGCACGAGUGGUUACUGUUAAAGGACGGCUUGGCAAAUUGACGAAAAGUUUUCAACAUAUCAAUUCGGAAAUACAACAUCUUAAGAAAGCCAAAAAGAUUAAACUUAUUGUUUGGCAUGGGACUCGUAAGCAAGUUGCCUGUUUACGUACAGUCAAAACGCAUAUUAAAAAUAUGAUAAUUGGAGUCACAAAAGGAUUUGAAUAUAAGAUGCGCUAUGUUUAUGCACAUUUUCCAAUCAAUGUUCAUAUUGAUGGAAGUGAUGUUGAAAUUCGCAACUUUAUAGGUGAAAAAGUGAUCAGGCGAGUUAAAAUGUUGGAAGGUGUUACGAUUAAAGUUUCAAAAGAUCUAAAAGAUGAAUUGGUUCUAACUGGUAAUGAUUUAGAAAAUGUCUCACAAUCAGCUGCCGAUAUUCAACAAUCAACCACUGUUAAAAAUAAAGACAUUAGAAAAUUUUUGGAUGGUGUUUAUGUUAGUGAGCGUAAUAUAUUAGAAGAACCUCAAAAUUAA